CUCUGCUUAACAACAGUAACGUCACACGGACUACAGGGGAGUUUUGUUGGAAGUUGCAAAGUCCUGGAGCCUCCAGAGGGCUGUCGGCGCAGUAGCAGCGAGCAGCAGCGUCCGCGCGCUCCGGCGAGGGGCAGACGAGCUCGAGGGAGCGCGGGGUAGCGGGAGCUAGAGCCGAGCGCGCACCGACCCGGGACCCACCGCCGUCCCCAGGCCGCCCAGUAGAGCCCCAGCCAUGGCACACCAACUCUUAUGCUGCGAGGUGGAGACCAUCCGCCGGGCGUACCCCGAUGCCAACCUCCUCAACGACCGGGUGCUGCGGGCCAUGCUCAAGGCGGAGGAGACCUGCGCGCCCUCCGUGUCCUACUUCAAGUGUGUGCAGAAGGAGAUCCUGCCGUCCAUGCGGAAGAUCGUGGCCACCUGGAUGCUGGAGGUCUGCGAGGAGCAGAAGUGCGAGGAGGAGGUCUUCCCGCUGGCCAUGAACUACCUGGACCGCUUCCUGUCGCUGGAGCCCGUGAAAAAGAGCCGCCUGCAGCUGCUGGGGGCCACCUGCAUGUUCGUGGCCUCGAAGAUGAAGGAGACCAUCCCCCUGACGGCCGAGAAGCUGUGCAUCUACACUGACAACUCCAUCCGGCCUGACGAGCUGCUGCAAAUGGAGCUGCUCCUGGUGAACAAACUCAAGUGGAACCUGGCCGCGAUGACCCCGCAUGAUUUCAUCGAACACUUCCUCUCCAAGAUGCCAGUGGCCGAGGAGAACAGACAGAUCAUCCGCAAGCACGCACAGACCUUCGUUGCUCUCUGUGCCACAGAUGUGAAGUUCAUUUCCAACCCGCCCUCCAUGGUGGCAGCUGGGAGUGUGGUGGCCGCCGUGCAAGGCCUGCACCUGGGGAGUUCCAACAGCUUCCUGUCCUACCACCGCCUCACUCGGUUCCUCUCCAAAGUGAUUAAGUGUGAUGCGGACUGUCUCCGGGCAUGCCAGGAGCAGAUCGAAGCCCUGCUGGAGUCCAGCCUGCGCCAGGCCCAGCAGCAGAGCCUGGACCCCAAGGCGGCAGAGGAGGAGGAAGAGGAGGAGGAGGCCGACCUGGCCUGCACACCCACCGACGUGCGAGACGUGAACAUUUGAGGGGGCGCUCGCGCGCGUGCGCGGGAGGGGCCGGCCCCGGGUGCUCCCGACAGGACCGUGCUCCUUGCCAGGACCGGUCACCACCAGAAGGGAAAGCUUUCCUUCUCCUUUACUGUGGGUUUGUUUCCUUUGCUCUUUUCUCCCUUCCGUCUCUGACUUAAGCAAAAGAAGAAAAACUGUCUUUAAAAAAAAAAAAAAAAAAAAAGGAGAGAAAAAAGAAAUAGUAUUUGCAUAACCCUGAGCUGGGGGGUGGGGGGAGGUUUGCUACAAAAAUAGAGGAUCUUAUACCCCAUAAUCAACUAGAUUUUAUAUGGACGUGUUUGUGUCUCUGUGUUGUUAAGGAUAGGCAUUAACACAAGGAACGAGUCUGCAGGGGAGGAUUAGAUUUGAUUCUUUAUGUGUUUAAAACAAAACGGGAAAAAAAAGCAUAAAAACGUUUUAAAAACUAGAAAAAAGCCAACCAACCAUUUUUGGAGUAGACAGGAUUUUAGGUAGCAAACGCACUCGCGUGCCGUCCCCGAGGAGCGCGGCUUUAAGGCGGUCCUAGGUACCCUGCAUCUCGCUUGCUCGUGCAUGUAGUCACUUUAUCAGUCCUUCGCGCGUGUUUUAUUUUAUUCCGUAGGUAGGCGUGUAACCUCUUCACCUGUCCGUGGCUGAUGUAACCUCAGUUAGCGUAGCGUAGAGCUCAGCGUGGUCGCGUGCUGGCCCUCUUUCCGCCGCGGCCCGACCCAGAGCGGGUGGCCGGGGCCCCGGCUGGCGGCACAGCGGACACGGAAAACCAGCUCCGACUCCCGGCCCGCGCUGCUGGUAAAGAGAACCGCCAUAGCGACGUAAUAUAUUCUAUUUUUAUAAUCUUCCUAUUUUUGUAGUUGCCUGUUGAUGAGAUGCUGGUUUUUCACCCCCACAGACCUGCAGCCUGCUCACAUCCAGGUGAAAUCCACAGCUCCUUUUUUUUUUUUUUCUUUUUUCCUUCUCAAUAUUCUAGAACCAUUCCAUUUCAAAGCACUUUCAAUCCAGUGGUUAUAGGGAACCUCUCUUGUUUCUGUUGUGUGUGGAGGGCGGGUGGGGGGGCAGUUUCUUAAUGGAAUGGUUUGGGAAUAUUCACGUCUUUGUGUGCAGACAGGAUGGCGAGGCAAGUGCAUGUCACUUAAGGAGUUAGCGGAAGGGGAUGUUCUUGAAGGCGAGCUUCCGGUCAAGAAGUGCAUUCUUACAUUGCCAGGAUGAUGCAUUCCUUUCUCUGUAGAGCAGUGGAAGUUCGGGAGUCCUUGGUGCCAACUGGUGUUUGAAAGCAUAGGGGGCCUUUAAAGGUUGACCUAGAGAACGCGUAGUUUAAGGGUUAGGAAGGUUUUUAAACACUAAAAUAUAUAAUUUAUAGUUAAGGCUAAAAAGAAUAUUUAUUGCAGAGGAUUGCAGAGGAUGUUCAUAAGGCCAGUAUGAUUUAUAAAGUAAUGCAAUCUCCCCUUGAUUUACACCUACCCACACCCACCCACACACCCACACCCACACACACACACACUUUUUUGCCUUUGAUGUUGCAGGUUUCAUACAGUUUGUCAAAGUUAGGUCUUUUUUCGUAGGAGAGAGAAAAAGAUCCUGAGGAACAACACAGAGAGCAUGGAUUUGGCUGACUCAGCCCGUCUUGGCGGUUUCCCAAAUGGGAACCCCAUCUGAGAGGCCUCGGAGUUCCACAGAAAGUUAGGGUACCCAAAAACAAGUUCAGCCCCAACAUAUUCUUGUCCCCGGUCCCCUCCUUUUGAAAAAAUUUUAACCACCAACAGACAAUUUGCACAUCUUGGCUAUGUACCUUUUUGUAAUGACUAUGUAGGGAGAGUCGAAGGCGGCGAGAGCACAGGGCUGGUGCUUGGCGGGGACGCAGAGGGGCGUGCGGGCGUGCGGAGGGCCGACGGCGGGACCACGUGGCGGGCAGGCUGCGGCUCAGUUUCCCGAUUCGCUGCUACCGAUGACUUCCCAGCACAGUUUGGAAACCGAUUCACAUCACUUUUCUGUAUCUCUUUCACAUUGUUUUGCUGCUAUUGGAAGAUCAGUUUUUUUGUUUUUGUUUUACAAUGUCAUAUACUGCCAUGUUCUAGUUUUAAUUUUCUCAUAGAAAAAUGUAUUAAGGAUGCCUUUUUUUUUGGUAGAUUUUUUUUUUUUUAUGUGAUCAAUUUUGACUUAAUGUGAUUUACUGCUCUAUUCCAAAAAGGUUCCUGUUUCACGAUACCUCAUGCUUCUCUUAGCCAUGUGUAGACCAGGCGGUCAGGCUCCUUCUGACCCGCGGCCUCCCGCUCCCGAGGACACGCGGACCGGGAUCACGAAAUGGGCCUGGUAGGGUGGGCUCUGGGCCGCGAGCGAGCACGCAGCGUGGCGUCCGUGGGGCCGCGACCGCUUCCUUCCCCCUGCGCCUGUAACCCUGGGCUGUCCACCCGACUGGGACGUGCCACCGUCCUAGUUUUUACAGCCGUAUUGUUCUUUACGUGUAGCUAUGAAAGUUGCAUUAUUAUAUUAUUAUUAUUGUAACAAGUGUGUCGUCACGUGCCACCGCAGUGCUGCAGGACUCAGUCACUCGGGAUGAGCGGAAUCACUUCUGGACUUGGUGAAAGUUCCGGGUGUCGCCUCUGUCGUUAUGUACUAGUGUUCUGUUUGUUCUCUUCAUUGCAGCAUAAUGCUAAUUUAAAAAAGACUCCAGAUCUCAGUGAAGCCAGCUAACAGUGCUGUGUGCCCGAGUCGCCUAGCACGCUGCCGAACCAAAAGGAUUUGCACCACGGGCGGCCCCUGCCCCCCGCUGGGUCAGCCUGGGUGCUCCCUGGCCAUUGGCAGGCCCCGGCCCCGCCCCGCCCCGCCCCUGCAGGAACACUGCUUCUGCUUACCUCAUCCGUUCUGGCUGCGGCAUCUCUGUCUGAACCAAACGGGGUCCUUGAGGGACGGUCUGUCCUCGUGGGGGGGUGGGGGGCUGAACAUUGUGUGCUCAAAGGCCAAAGGCCGGUGGCAGGCCUGGGGAGCACAGUGGAGUCUGUCCUGUGACCAGCCAGUCUGCGAGGGUCUCUGGGGGUGGGCGCUCUUGGUCUGUGUGUGUUUUGGUUGCACACCGUGGCACAGACAUGUAACCGGCACGUUCCCAGCAGAAAGCAAAAGACAAACGUGAAAAGUCUAGAAAUAAAAUCGGUAAAACCCC